UGGCAAAAAAUUGUGAUUUUUACUGUAUUUUCACAUCCCAAACAACAGAACACUAUUUCUACACGUGACCUGAUUACAACCAGAGUAGACCUGCAGUGAUCAGUAAACAUGUGCAGGUGUGUUCAACCUGCUAAAAACAAACUGAAGGUUGAAUUUCACAAAGAUAAUAAAGAGUGAAACCUAAUUUUCAGUUUUUAUGUAUAAAAUUAAGGUUUCACAAAAUGGAGACUCAAUCAGUCAUAGUGUACUGUAAGUUUCCCUUAGUUUUCCAAAUCUAAAUAAUAUAAGACAGAACUGUACUCUUGAAAUAUAAAGCAAACGUCAGUUUCUUAUCUUAUCUUAUCUAGCAGACUUAGACCAAUAAAGCAGGUACACUCAAGUUACUUAUAUUUAACAGUUUCUUUUACUAUAUAAAAUAAAAUCAGUAUAUAAAGAAAUUAAUAGUAACAGGAUAAUGUCACAUCAUUAAACAUCUAAAGGCAUAUUUUCUUUAGGUUAGUGGGUUUUUUCAGUUUUGGACACUUGCUAAAAAUAAUUUAAUACACUGAACUGGUGGGGUUUUGUUUAAAAGAUCACAGUGAAGCCUGGAGGUUAAACAUACAUGCAAUCACAUCAGCUGCAGUUCUGGUUGGAAUCAGGCUGCGAUGUGUCCACAUGGGGGCGCUAACGGGAAGCAGGAAUCAGUGAUUGGUUGAUAUUGGACUCUGGGUGUGAUUGGUCCGCUGUGCUUGCUUAAAACGCUUCUCUUGCUUCUUCAAAUUAUGGUUAGUUUUGGCCCAGCGGUGCAGUCUGCAGCAGCUGGCUGUUCUUGGAAGUUUGGUUUCGCAGGUUUACACCUUAAACUGAGACUGAAACUUCAUGGAAAACCUUUGCUCCGUUCUUCACGGUACAUACAGUGACCAGAGUAGUUAAACGUCCCAAACUUCUCCGCAUCAUGUCCAGCAGUUUGUUGGUGAAAACGCUGGAGGACCUGAGCCUGGAUUCAGGUUAUGUGGCUGGAGACCCCUGCCCGUCCCUCAGCCUGUCCUCCUCCGGCAGGUCGAAGCAGUCCCAGACGCACACAAGCACCCCUCACCGGGGCUCCUGGUGGCAACACGCCGGCUCCCUGUACAGCAGGAACGGCAGCUGGGACACGGUGAGCACGCUGCCGGAGGACGCGGCGGACAUCCUGGCCAAGUGUCCCUGCCUGCCCGAGUUGGAGGAGUAUCCCUGGACCGAGCAGGAGCUGUGGGAAGUCGUGCGUAAAGUUGUCAGCUCGGAUGCGUCGUUCACCGGGGAGACCGUCAGCCGGCUGUCCGUGCUGCUCCGCCGGGCUUUGGUGCGGAUCUCCCGGGAGGCGCAGCGGCUGAGUGAGCUCCACAGGCGGUGCACACGCCUGGAGGUCCAGAGCGCAAUGAGGCUGGUGCUCAGUUGGGGUCUUGCGGAGAAGUGCGUCUCCUCCGCCGUGAAGGCCGUCUCCCUGCACUGCAUGAGCUCCGGGGACACCGCGCGUCAGCAGGGCAAGUCUGCGCGCUGCGGCCUCACGCUCUCCGUGGGUCGCUUCUUCAGGUGGAUGGUGGAGACACGCGUGUCGGUACGUGUGCACGAGUUCGCCGCCGUCUGCCUGACGGCGUGCGUGGAGAGUUUGGCGGAGGAGGUGGCUGGACGAGGGCUGCAGGCGGCGAGGCUGGCCGCGGAGCAGGAGGGGGGACCGGUGGAGGGGGUCACCUGCUGCCCGGUGACCGCGGAGCUUCUGGAAGGAGCCGUGAACAACGACGCGGAGCUGUGGGGGCUACUGCAGGCCUACGAGCAUCUCAUUUGUGGCAAGAAUGCAAAUGGUGAGCUGUCUCUGCCGGCCCAUGUCAGUCCGUACACGAAGGUUCCCGAGGAGUCGAUGGAGAGCAGGGAGGAUGCAUACAUCCAGCUGGAGCUGCGAAUGCUGGAGCAGGCCCUGCUCGCCACCUGUGUUGGCAGCAUCGCAGAGCUCAGUGAUCUGGUGUCUCGUGCGAUGCAUCACAUGCAGCGUCUGCGCAGCUCCAGUCCGUCCAUCAGUCACGCUCGCUCAGCCAAUCAGCCGUUGGUGUCCUGGGCUCCGGACGCCCUGCGAACUCUUUACUACUUCCUUUGCAGUCCUCAGAUGGAGUCACUGGAGAAUCCAAACCUGGAGCCUCCGGCCGUGACGCUGACCCGAGAGAGGCCGUUCCUGCUCCUCCCUCCUCUCAUGGAGUGGAUCCGGGUCGCCGUGGUUCACGCUGAACAUCGCCGCAGCCUAUUGGUGGACAGUGAUGAUAUCAGACAGACGGCCAGACAGCUUCUACCAGGACUGGACUGUGAGCCCAGACAGCUCAGGUCUGAGUGCUGCUUCCAGUCCUUUAAAUGUCUGGAUGCUGAAGCUGCUUCGGCCAAGUUCCAGCUGGAUCUAGCCUUCAGGAUGCUCUCGUGUGGCCGAGCAGACCUGGUCCAUCAGGCCACGAGGCUUCUGGGAGAUGAAGGUGUCAACACCAUGGAUGACCAGGGAAUGACUCCUCUGAUGUACGCCGCUGCAGCCGGAGACGAAGCGCUGGUUCAGAUGCUCAUCGAGGCCGGAGCUCACCUGGACCUGCAGGUGCCCGGCUGCUCUGCCAGACACCCAUCUGUUCACCCCGGCAGUCGGCGCUGGGUCGCCCUGACGUUCGCUGUGCUGCACGGUCACCUGUCUGUGGCUCAGCUGCUGCUGGAGGCCGGGGCAGAUGUGGAGGGUGGAGCCCUGCUGGACGGUCAGGAGACGUCUGCUGAGACGCCGCUACAGCUGGCUGCUGCUGCAGGUUACUAUGACGUGGUCAGCCUGCUGCUCACCCACGGAGCCGACCCUCUGCUCAGAGUGCAUCAUGGGAAUUCACUGACCUCACCGCUGUAUGAAGAUAUGAACUGCUUCAGUUACGCAGCAGCACAUGGACACCGAAACAUCCUCAGGAGGCUGCUGCUGCAACCACAGCACAGGAAGGAGGACAUCCUCUCUCUGGAGGAGAUCCUGGCUGAAGGAGUGGAGGAGGAGGAGAAUGAAGAGGAGGUGAAAUCUCCAACACACCAUCCAAACUCCCCCAGCGUUGCUCCCAGACUGUGUAAAGCCAGGAUGAAGGCGCUGCAGCAGGCCUCCUACUACAGCGCUGAACACGGCUUCCUGGAUGUAACCAUGGAGCUCAGAGAGAUCGGUGUUCCCUGGAGGCUCCACAUCUGGCUGGAGUCUCUCCACAGAGCCCAGCAGUUGUGCAGGGACGAAGUCAUCGUCUUCCUGCUCACAGAGUUUCCCUCCAUCCGGUCAGAGGACUACAGCCCCGAGCUGCUCUCCUCAGGGAUCCCACUGAUGUUCAGCAUGUUGGAGACCAGCAAGGAUUACGUGGUGACGAAGCGUCUGGCGUCUGUCUUCUCUCACUGCUUCGGUUCUUCUCCGAUUCCACCUGUUCAGCCGAUGGAUGUCACUCUGUCCACACAGCUGGAUAUUCACUUUCUGAACAACGAGGAGAUGUCUGACGUGACGUUCAUGGUCGACGGGCGUCCAUUCUUCGCUCAUCGGGUUCUGCUGAUGUCCGCCUCAGAAAGAUUCCGCCGUCUGCUCGCCGACUCCCUGGACAAAAUCAUCCACAUCAGUCACAUGACCUACAGCACCUUCCAGAUGAUGAUGAAGAGUCUCUACUGUGGAGGAACACAAGGACUGAUUGUGUCUCACAAUGAAGCCAUGAAGCUGCUGCCCGUAGCUGCUUUCUUCCAGCUCCGAAGUUUGCAGAGAAGCUGUGAGAUGACGCUGUCAAAAAGUCUGAGCCUGGACAACGUAGUCGACAUCUACCAGACCGCCAAGUACCACGGAGGAGCUGAACUCUGCAGGUUCUGUGAAGGAUUCUUCCUCCAGAACAUGGACCGGCUGCUGGACAGAGACGACUUCCACCGUAUGCUGAUGGGAGGCUUCAGUCAGGAGCUGCUCUGCCCAGCGACGGGCUCCGGAUCAGGACAGGACCAGAAGCCUCCGGUCCUCCUGAAGGACCUGGAGGCUGCGCUGAUCCACAGACUUUACAGCCUCCACUCAGCGUGUCGGGGAUAGAAACUCUGCAGAUGUGGAGUGUUCACCACACUGGUAUGAGCAGCCAUACUGUACGCUGUAGUUAGAGAACAGACUGAAGCAUCACUGAUCCUAACAAGUUGUUCCUCAUAUUUAUUAAUCCUGACAAGAGUGAAGACGAGGAGGAGAUGAUCCAAAUCGCUCAGAUUAAAACUCAUCAGACAUUCUGAUGAAGUAAUUUAUCAACUAAGAUCAGUAUUCUGCUUGCAGUUUUCCCCAUCACGGUAAAUUUGACUUUUUGAACAGUUUUUAGACGAACUGACUAACUUCACCUUCAGCUGUGAUGGGCAAAAAGUAACUUUGGCAGUUUUUUUUUAUGGCUUCACUUGUGUCAGGAGUAGAAACGAGCAUUAAAAUACUGAUAUUACCUCAGGCCACCUCUUUGAGCAAAAAAAACACUUUAAAUAUGAAUGUUGGUAUUGCUCUUGAUAAGACUGAUGAUUUGUACUUGGUAGCAGGGAAACUGCUAAUAUAAGAGCAAAAACAUCAGUAUUUAAGUCGAUCAAACUUUUUCCUCUCACUGUCAGAUUCACCAAACGGAUAUUUUUAAUCUUAAUAGCUGGAAUGAAAACUGUAGCCAGCACAUUGUAUUGGCUGUAGGUAGCCAGCAGACAUAAUUAGUAGUUUGAAACUGUUCUCAGCUGACCUGUUUUUAGGUUACCCUGUACAUAGUUAAACACUUGCAUGAGGUGCAAGUUAUAAUUGGCCAUGUAGCCUUUUAGAGAUUUAUACCUACAAAUUAUUUAAUGUUUGGGAGCUUAAAAAUCUUUUAUUUUGAAAUUGUAGUCACUAACCAGCUAGCCUCUGCUGCCAAAUACACAAUCUGCCAGUGAGAGACUUAACCUGACUUCCUGUUUACAAAUCUCACUGCUCUUCACUGGCAGCCAAUCAUAUGAAUAUUCAUGGGUUUUUUCGGGAUUCCCGCCAAAAAACGGUCUGUUCCCUGUCUUAUGUCAUGUUUCCUGUCUGACCUUCCCAAUGCAGACUUUGUCUUCCAUUACCACAACACAUUUCUCCUUUCCUUCUGAAAUGUGCAUGUUACAAUUUUCAAAAUCCCCAUCAAAACAAUAAGUGAGCUGCAACAUAGAUCUAUAUAUCUAACAUGUCUGGUCAAACAAACCACAAGUCUGCUGCCUGAACCUGCAAAACAAAUGUUUUACUUAAACAAAAGAGACUAGCUAAUGGCUGAAAAAAACUUUUUUUUUCAAAUGUAACACCUGCAAAAUAAUGCAAUAUUAGCUAAUGUUUAUUAGCUAAUUCUAACUGCUGGACUUGUAAGUUAUGCUAACUGUAAGUACUGCGCUAGUUAGCCUGGUCACUAACGUUUGUGUCUUCUGCUCUUGACACUUUUACUCAGUUUAGGUUUUGGAAGUUAGUGUUUUUCUUACCAGAUCUCCAACAAAAAGGCUUCAAAACAUUUAAAAAAAAAAAAAAAAAGACUAACGAUUUGUGGCCAUCUAUUUUGAUAAUUUAUUAAUCUGUUUGAGUCUUUGUUUUUUAUUUUAAGAGACAAAAGUCAAAAUUUUCUGCUUGCAGUUUCUUGAACUUUGUUUUUUUGUUUUUUGUUUUCCUCCCCUGUAACAGUAAACUGAAUGUCUUUGGGUUGUGGAAAAAACAUUUGUCACUUUGGAGUUUGAGAAACAGAUUUUUCACCAUUUUCUGACAUUUUUUUUUUUUUUUUAGACCAAACAAUGAAUCGAUUAUUUAAGAAAAUAAAUAGUAAUAGUUUCAGCCCUUCUCUCAAACUAGCAAACGAAGCUAAACAUAGUUUGGUGAAUCUGACACUAAAAAGUAGAAUACAUACCUGUACAUUACAUUUUAUGUACUUUAACUAAUAUUUUUUUAAUUAAUUGUACAGUUUGGUAGAACUUUAGUUGCUACAGCAGCUGAAAAUGUGACUGGAAGAUGUUUUGCGAGGUGAAUGUAAAACCUCUGCGGCAUGCGGAUAUUCAAUCUGAAUAUGUAAAAUUUUUGUACAUAUUUUUGUGAAUAAACAUCCAAAUGAGACAGAAA